CCCCUUUUCCCUAUAGUGCGCAUGCUUGACGUAGCAGAAGGAAGAUCGAUAGUAAAACGAAAAUAGCGAUGUAUUGAAAUGUGAAAAAUAUACAGUUUUGAAAUAUUUGUAAUAAUCUCUGAGUAUUGAAAGUCCUUGUAAUUGGCAACAAUGUAUAAUGGUAUAGGGUUAACAACCGCCCGAGGAAGUGGUACCAAUGCUUAUGUUCAGAAAAAUCUAUCCUUUGUCAGAAACCACAAAGACAGAGUCGACUACAAGUCGGAGGAAGAACUGAAAAAGUUGGAACAGUCCAUGAUAAAACAGCCCAAUAAAGAAAUUCUUGAUCAUGAUCGUAAACGAAAAGUGGAACUCAAAUGUCUGGAAAUGCAAGAAUUAAUGGAAGAACAAGGGUAUUCACAAGAUGAAAUUGAAAAGAAAGUAUCCAUGUUUAGAACCAUGUUAAUCAAUAAAGAGGGUGUGACUGAGGGAGUACUUGACAAAGAUGAACAUGGACGUCCAAUAGCUAAAGAAACACAUCAGAUUGCUGAGGCCAAUCAAGAGAAAAAUAAGCGAUUAAAAGAAGCCUUUGGUAUCAGUGAAUAUUAUGUUGAUGGCUCAUCACUGGAUCCUAACAGAAAGGCAAAGGAAGACGAGGCAAAGGCUGUGGCUAUGGCACAGAAAAAAUAUGCAAUUGUUAGAGAUUCGAGUUCAUCAGAAAGAUCUGUUUCCCCCACACCAAAGAAAAGGAAGAAAACAAAAUCAAGGGAUGAUAGUUCUGACAGAGAAAGUCGGAGAGACAGAAAGAAGCACAAGAGUAAGAAACACAAACAUGAUCGUUCUGAAACUAAAAAGUCGAGAAAUAAACAUAAGAAGAGAAGGAGUAAGAGGAGAGGAAAGAAGCACAAGCGAUCUGGUACCCCUAGUUCUAUGGUGUCAGGAGCCAGCUUAUCAGAUAAGGACAGUUCUUCAGAUGAGGAUAUAAACCAAAAUAUCAAAGCUACAGUAAACAAGCAACGAGAAGAGAACACAGAUGAAAGAAAAUCUCCACCAUCUGACAACAAACAGAAAAGGAAAAGGUCAAGGUCAUCCAGGAGGUCAUCUUCUAGGUCAACCACAAGAUCCCACAGCCCAAGAAAGAAACAUAAAGAAAAUGGAAACAAGAAUGGACAUGACAGAAGCACUGCUGAAAGAUCUCCAACCAGUCACAGAUCUCUAUCUAUAACCAAGAAAUCAAACAGUAGAUCUAUCAGUUAUUCUCCAGAAUCAAGGUCAAGGAGAAAGUCAUCGUCUAGACGAUCAAGACAUUCCAGACAUCAUAGUAGAACUAGCUCAAGAAGUCGAUCAUCAAGGUCAGGGUCUUCUGUUUCAAGGUCACGGUCAAGAAGUAGAAGUUAUUCAACUAAAAGACACAGUAGAAGCUCAUCUAGAUCAAGGUCGAGAAGUCACUCCAGAGGUCGUCAUCAUAGUUACUCCCGAAGUCGUUCUCGAGAAAGGAGCACUUCCAUUAGACGUAGACGUGGAUCACCAAGUCAUUUAGACAGAAGAAGAAUAACCAGAUCCAGGUCGUCAAGUUACAACAGAUAUUACCACCAUUCACGUUCUUACUCGUCGUCGCCACGAUAUCCAAGAUCAAGGUCAUCCAAAUCAUACAGUGCCAGAAAGCGUCCUGUACCAUACUAUAGACCAAGUCCUCCAUCUCCUAGUUCUAUAAGUAGUGAUGACUCAUAUUACAGAUACAGGAAGUCACGGAAGGGUUCCCGAUACCGUAGUCUCAGCCGUAGUGUACCACUCCGACGGAAAAGAAGUUGGAGUCGGACAUCAGACUGAUUGAAAUCAUCAGAUAAUAAUGUUGUCUUUCAUCAGCUUGUAUCUGUGUUAUACUUUCAUUUUAUGCAAUAAUUUAUGUUCUUAUAGAGUACAAAUUGUAAGGGUAAUUUUAGAGAGAAAAAACACUCUAGGUCAAAUAAGUUCACGUCCUGAAUGAUAUGUAUUUUAAACGGUUUGGUUAUAUUUUAUGUUAAUUUAUAUAUAGCUAUGGAUCAUAGAAAUUUUUAAUUUGUACUGGUUGUUUUAAAAUACAUGAAAAUGAUAUCAUCUAGGCUCAUAUUUUAACAACCAAUUCAUUUCUGCAUUUCCCUUGCAUACACACUAUCCUACUAAGUAUUCCAGAAUGCAAGUUUCAACAUAACAAUCUCCUUCUAAGAACCGAAAGGAAAUUAAAGAGUUAUGGUUCUUCUUUUUGUUUGGACUCAUUGUGCUACUUAAGCUAAUAAACAUAAAUGGUAUUUGAUUUCAAUGUAGCUUUCAGUUAGGUUUUCCAUUUGCCAAAAUGCAUUAUUUAUAGCUCAAGAUUUUUUUUAAAACUCGUACAAACUAUGGGAUGUUUUAUUCCUAAAAAAAAUUCUGAUAUUAAAUUUCUUGGUUUACAUUCAUUUUAUGUUCAGUCAUAUAUGCUUCAGUUCAUAUGGAUUACAAGCCCGUUAUACAAGAACAAAUCUUUUAUUUGUGAAUAUAUGCUGACAUUAAUCUUAGAAUUUACAGAUCAUAUUUAGAAUACAGUUCUGAUGAUUUCAGCAAAUAUUGAGGUUUAAAACAAAAAAUCACUUUAUUUACCUUCUCCUGAAAUAUUGUCUUGGACUUGCAUUAAAUCACAGAGGACAGUAGACCUGAGUGAAAUGCAGUACCUAUAUUUUAAAAAGGUUUGUUUUUUUUAAAGAAAAAUUUUAAACUUCAAUUGAAAACCAUGCUUGAUUCUAUAGCCUGCUAAUAAAUCCUGUACAUUCCAUAUCAUUGACAAUAAUAUGUGGUGUUUUAUAUAUCAACUAUUCAUUAUUUGUAUUAUUUUCUAGUCAUUCCACAAACUUUUAUAACUUAAAAGUUAUUUUUACCUGUAUAGUAUUGUUAUUUAUUUAUUUUUGGCACAUGUUGUGGGUAUUUUACACAAUUGUUGAUAUUUAUUUUUACCUGUUAAUUUUAUUUUGCUCAUGUAUUUUUUUUGUUAAAAUACAUCUAUUUAAUACAUUCCUGAAAGAUAUUUAAUCUUCCAUGAUCAGUAUAGUUUUUAAAAAAAUUGGAAAAUUUGGAAAGGAAUAUAAAUUAUAUAUGGGGAAAAAUUACAAUUUUCUGAAUUUGGUGUAUUAAAGACUUAGGGCAAAACUAUUUAUUGUCCUGUAGUAAUUGAAUUUUUGAUCAAGGGGGAUAAUUCCCACAUAAUUCUUAUAAGAAUGACACAAGACUAUAUUUACUAGUAAAUCACUUUAACAAGUAUGACUAUUUCUUUAUUUGGUUUUAUGGGAAUUUCCAAGAAUAUAUACAGUUUUAACAGAAGAAAUUUAUUUAUAAUUUGCAAAUAAUAUUUUGUGACUUACACUACAUGCAUUUAAUGUACAGUGUCAUCUUUUAUUUCACAUGU